CAGAGGGAGAAGAGGGUGAGGUAGUCCAACACUUACAACAUGGCCCAAAUCCAGCAACCAGAGCCUGCCAAGGAAAACAAGCCCUAUGCAGAACCCCUCACCAAAGAGAUUGACCUGGUACAGAGAGACCCCAAGAAAAUCAAUGAAGAUGUGGUACAGGUGGAGUUUGAAGAUGUCAUUGCUGAGCCGGACAGCAUUCAUAGCUUCGAUGGAGUGUGGAAAACCAGCCACACCACCUUCACUGUCACCAAAUACUGGUGUUACCGAGUGCUCUCUGCAAUCCUGGGCCUUCCACUAGCCCUGAUCUGGGGAUUCCUCUUUGCUUGCCUGUCAUUCUGUCACAUAUGGGCCGUGGUUCCCUGCGUCAAAAGUUACCUGAUGGAAGUCCAGUGCCUGGGCCAGUUCUACGCAGUGUGUGUCCAUACCUUCUGUGAUCCAAUCUUUGAGGCUGUAGGGAAGGCACUAAGUGGAAUACGCGUGGCACUCAGAAAAGAAGUUUGAAAACGUACAAGUUGAAUAAAACUAUAUUUUUACUAACAGAGCAAAAUGGAUAUAAAUUCAAAUGCGCCAGAUGGAUCUGCAA